AUGAAUGAACUUGUGCCGCAUGAACUUUCCCGACGAGGCAUUCGUGCUUCACGUUAUCAGCGAGCAUUUCUUUCUGUUUGCCUUUUUUUUCAUCCUACAUUGCUACAUUCGGAUCAUGUCGUUAUGCGCCAUAUUGUGGAUACAUUUUUCACUGAGGAAUGGGUAGUGCAUUUGCACAUGGGAAUAGUAAUCAAUAUGUUGGAUGCUUGGGAUCAUUAUAAAGCAGCAAGUAAUGCACUGCAGCAUGCACUUAGUGCACAAAUAGUAAAACAUUUGACUGCGAGUCAUAUAUCUGCUCUGAAGACGACAUCCUUCCCACAUACUGCCAAAUUCUCGGUAACUGACGUCAUUAUGUUUGCCGAUUUAGUAGCUAUUUCAAAUAAGCAUCUUGAAUGGAUUAUGUUACAUGCUUAUAAACCCGAGAAAUGCUGUAAACGUGCCGGACAGCUUUAUGACAUCGUGAACAAUCAAAUUGCAUCUUCUUCGCUUGAUCUCUUUAGUAAACUGCUCGAAGUUUCAACUUUUGAAUAUGGCUAUAAAGAAAUCGCUCGAGCGCUUCUUGACAAUAAAGACAGAAAUGUUCAAAAACUUAAGGAGGAAGUUUGUGAUCACGUCAUACAAGUAGCCGAACUUUUUGCAAACGAAUUACCUUUGCAAAGAAUCAAGAAAAAUGAAAAGUUAAGAUCAUGGCUUUUAUUAUUGAAGAAAACCAUCGAGGAAUUAGAUAUUUUAAAUGCAGACACGCCUUCCUUGAUUUCAGAAUUGAAAAACCGACUGGAUCAGGUGAGCGAUAUGCACGACCUAAAUGGAAUAGUUGCCGUAUCACAAUAUUUGCAAAAUACUCAAGGUUUAUUGACUGUACUAUCUCACUAUUGCAUGUUGGAUGGAGCAUUUUUGAAAAAAAUAGAAGCAGCAGCAAAUUUUUCAUAUGGAUGGACAAUAACUGACCAAUGGAUUGAAAAUAUGAAAAUUUUGGUAAAAGUCGAUCCACUUCCAGUACGUUCAUUAUUUGUGAAAAUGGCUAGUUCAAUUAACUUAACAUUGGAACGUCUGAAUACACCGGAGAGAAUAUCAUCCAUAUCAAUGUGUUAUUCGCGCUUGAUCGAAGCAAGGUUGCGCAAAAUUCUUCAGGCUGUUCCACAUUCGCUCUUUGCACUGUUCGAUAAAGUAGCUGGUUUGUUGAAUCCUCCGCAGGGACGUUCUAUUAAUAAAACUGAUGUCCGCCAGUUUGCGGAUUCAGAUCGUCGUUUGCAGCUUGCUGCUAUUACACAUGCAAUCUCAAUGCUUUCUUCUGGUAUUUCAACAAUGCAGCUGACAUCACUUGGGUCACUUCGAGUGGAUCCAUCAAAUCUCCUUCUAGAUGGAAUCAGAAAAGAAUUAGUGGGUGAAAUCUGUGCAACGUUACAGUUACAGUUAACUUCUGAUUUGCCUCUGGAUGAUUUUUUGAGUAAAUUGAAGAACCAGUUUGCCCACCUACGUGGAGCUUUUGUUUACAUGUGUGAACAUAUUGCAAUUAAUGGAGCUGAAAUAUGGCAUAACGAAUUAGCUCGUAUAAUCGGUUAUAUGACUGAGAAAGAAUGUAACGCCUUUCUGCAACAUCCUAUCACUGAAGAAGAAAGCUUGUAUCAAUCCAAAUCAGCGCCUAUUCCAAAUCUUCUGGCACGUGAAGGAUCAUUAACUCCUCUAAAUCGCUUAUUUAGCCGAAUUUUAAAUGCAUCAAAUCCGAAAUCGUCUUAUUUUGUAAAUUCGAUGAGGAUAUGGUGUGAUUUAAGAACUAAGAAAACUAUGUUAUCUAAUGAAUCUCUGAAUGCUGUUCAGGAAGCUCUUUCACCAAUGGCUCUGUAUGCACUUGAUCGAAUUGCAUCAUUUCACAUCGUAAAAUAUUUGUAUGCAUUAUGUGAACAAGUUUCGGAAAUAUUGUGCCCUGCAAUGACUUCAGUGUUAAAUGAUAUUGCAUUGAUUAAAACUGUAGCAGUUGCUGGAAGACUGAAAAUUUUCGAUUGUGCUCUAUCAAAAUUCUUACCAAAUUCGUCACGAUUUGUUGUUACUAUUGGCCAAUUACAACUAUUGCGGCAGCAAAUAUUAGCUGUCAAUCAGUCAGCGUUACGACAACAUUCAUCAAAUAUCUUUAAUGCAGUUGCUACAUUUAACGAAGGUGUUGUUGGCGAUAUUCGAGGACACCGCGGUGAAUGCGAUGCGACAUUUCUUGGUGAACUGUCGAUGCUUUUGGAACGUUGCGGUAUAACAGAUCCAUUUAUGAAA